UUUUGUCAACAGAUCAAUACAGAGGUUAAACGAAAGUAGUUCAUCCCUAAAUUUCUUAAUUUAAUAAAAAAGUGUUAAUUUAAGUAAUACUUAACUGUAAAAGCAGAAAGUAGGAAUAUGGCAGAUUUACGAGAAAGACAUAUAAGUCGAGAAAAUGUAUAUGGACAAAAAUUUGGCAAAAAUUAUUUUACAAACCAGAACAGUUCUCUUAGAGAAGAACAAAAAGUGUAUGUCAGACAACUAAAUGGACCCAUGACAAGAAGACAGAGUAGCAGUUUGGACAGUGCUCCUUCACUGCAGCAUGGUUCUCCAGAAUUUCGAAGAAAUUACGUGUACCCCAGUCACAUAGCCCCCAUGCCUGCGUUUACAGUUCCCCAUCAGGAAUUAAAUGGACAUGCCUAUAAUACAUAUAAGAAUCAAGCUCAGGAGAGUACAUAUCCAACUACCACAGACACCGAGCAAGCUGUCAGCAAAAUCAGUGCGAUGUUUCCAACUGUCUCUGAUACACACAUAAGAAUUUUAUUAAAAAAGUACCAUAACAGAGAAGCUCUGGUAAUAAGUGCAUUGCAAGUAGAGAAACAUCCAAUCACAACACCUGGACCAUAUGCAACUCCACCACCGGGUCGUAAUAUCAAUGUUCAUCCCUCAAUUCAUGCUGCAAGACAAAUAACGCCCCCUCUUAGUUUACACAGCAGCUCGAGAACUGGCAGCCCUAUUUUAAGACCAGGUUCGGAUUUGAGCUCUGGGUAUAUAAGCGAAUAUCGGAGUUCACCAAAAACACCUCACUCUCCCAAAAUGAAACUGAGAUAUAUGAAGUCGAUAUUCCCAAAAGCUGAUGAAGAUGUAAUUCUGGACAUUCUUUGUAAUAAUGACAAUAACAUUCAAAAGACUUCAGGAAUUCUGGAGGAUAUGGGCUUUCAGAGAAGAGAAAUCGUCAAAAUAAUACCAAAACAACCACAAAAAAAGAAUGAUGGAAAAAAAGACGUUUGCAAUGAAAACAUAAUACCCUCAACAAAACUGAAAACUUUGGUUGAUAAAGCACAAAUGACUUUUCGUUUGAGGGAAAAGUAUCCCCAUACUCCAGAGCAUUUAAUAACCUUUGCCCUUGAAAGUGUUGAUUUUGAAGAAGAAAAAGCACACCAAAUAUUAUCAAUGAUGAUAGAAGAAGAAAAGUCUAAAGAAGCAGCUGCAGCCAAAGAAAGGCAAGAAGAAAACUCUGGUAAAGCUGAAGUGAUGCCCAUAUCACUAUCAGAAAGUAGGCAAUCUUUGAAGUCUUUAAUGAUAAACGAGCAAAAAGAAGGAUCUAUGAAACAAUCAAGCAGUUUUUGCAGGGUUCUGGAAGAAACUGGAGAAUAUGAAGGCGGUUAUAUAUCGUCAAAUUUACAGAAUACAAUGGGCGCAAAUCCAAAUAAUGUUAAAGGAGCUAAUUCUCAGUUACUAUUGAAGAGUUAUGUUCACUGUCAUGGAGCCGAUCCAAAACUGCGACAAAUCCCGUCCAAGGGACUAGCCAAAGGUCCAAAUUCGAAGUUGGUUAGUUUAAAAAAUUAUCAAGCUCAUGGACCGAAUCCGGAAUUACGUAAAGGGCCCAAAAUCGGCCUCGCCAAGGGCAAUAUAUUUUCUCAGUUGAAAAACAUCGUUGUAGGAGAGUCAAGAGGCCGCAAACAUUUUUUGAAUGACGGUUUAAUAUUGGCGAGACAAUAAAUUUCAGAGAAAAACAAAAUCAAUCAGGACCCUUUUUGAAGUCCAUGCAAAUAUAUUAACCACCUUUUAAAUCAAAAUAAAAAUACUACGGCAAAAAUACUAUUUUUGAUAUGUAGUUGAAAAAAAAGAUAAUGUAAA